AUAUGCCUUGGCAAAAAGUAGAGGAAAUAUAACCAUCUUAGUUGUUCUUCUUUUUAUUUUUUAUUUUAUUUUGGGAGGAUUGGGAUUUAGAAAAGGCAAAUAUUACAAUAAUGAGAGGCUUUAUAAAUAAUUUGCAUGCAAAACUUAGGUAAAAAUGCCUUUUUGUUUUCUACUUCCUAAGGUGUCCAUGUGCUGUUCCUUUAUUCUAAACACCAACUUAGCUCACUUGUUUCUACUACACCAGACCACUUUGUUUUUAUAAUCUCACCCUUAAAUUAAAAACAUUUACUGGCAAUAACAAGACAAACCUGGUCUAACCCUUCUUCCCUUUAUAACCCACAAAUCUUCAUAUACACAACGCAAACUUCACAAACUAACCCUCUUCUUCACAGCCAAAAAUGGCCUCUCCGGAAACCCUCCAACCAACUUCUAAAACCAUCGACUCACCAUCCAGUCCUCGCAUAUCUUUCUCUGCUGAGUUCCUCGACGACAACGACUUCAUCUCAAUUACUCCACACUCUCCAGACGGCAUGAUUGAUUUAGAAAUGGAGAGAGAAAAGUCAAGAAAUGCAGAAUUUGAGUUCCUGUCAACCAGUGUGAGUAGCCACACCAUGCUAACUGCAGAUGAACUUUUCUUUGAGGGGAAGCUCCUUCCCUUUUGGCAAAUGCAGCACUCGGAGAAGCUCAAGAAAAUCAGUCUCAAGACAAAAGAUGCUGAAGGAGAAGAAGAAGAAGAAGAAGAAGUGGAAGAAGAAAAGGAAGGGAUUAGCAAGGAGGAGAAUAGAGUAAAUUGGUUUGUUGAUGAGGACCCAUCUCCAAGGCCUCCGAAGUGUACUGUUUUAUGGAAAGAGUUGCUAAGGUUGAAGAAGCAACGUGCCUCUUCUUUGUCACCAUCUUCUUCUUCUUCUUCCACAUCAUCUUCUUCGAGCUCGCUGGCUGAUGCGGUUAAUGCAGAGGAAGGGAAGAACGGUUCUGGGAAUAGAGAGAAACAUGUGAAGAGGAUAAAGAAAGGUUUGGAGAGAACUAGAUCAGCUAGCAUUAGAAUAAGGCCAAUGGUUAAUGUUCCAAUUUGCACACAAAUGAAGAGCCCUGCAUUACCACCUCUGUUUCCCCUCAAGAAAGGAAGAUUGGAGAGGUAAAAGACUAGAAAAUGGUAGCUCAAUCUGAUCUAGAAUGUCCAAUAUCCUUCAUUGUUUUAUUUCAUUUCAGCUUGAGAUUUUUCUCAGCUUUUAUGUUUAGAUUAAUGUUGAUUAUGCUUGGAUCUGAUGUAUUACAAUGUAAAUGCUGACUUUUUUUAAUUUAUUGAAUGGGAUUAACA